UUUGUAAUUUUACCCAAAAAUAUUAUCGUUCAUCCCCAGCCACUUUCUAGAAAAUUUUCCAUUUCUGAUCACAAACGAACCAAACACGGUCUUAAUCCUCCUCCUUUUCUAUACCGCUCAAACCAAGGUCGCCCAACAAUGGAAGCGACCAAGCUCAGACCGAUCAGCCCGAAUUCAAGCACGAGCACAAAGGUCUGGCUCUUCUCUUUAUUACUCACUAUUCAGUACGGAGCUCAACCUCUCAUCUCCAAACGCUUCACCAGGAGAGAAGUGAUCGUGACUUCAUCUGUUUUGGCAUGUGAGGUGGUAAAGGUUGUUUGUGCCUCUAUUCUUAUGGCAAAAGAUGGUACUUUGAAGAGGCUAUACAAGGAGUGGACUUUGAUUGGCUCUCUAACUGCGUCAGGACUCCCAGCUGCUAUAUAUGCACUGCAAAAUAGUGCUUACAAGUCUCCAGACGGAACAGCUAUUAGACAACGUGGAUUCUUUGACGGCUGGACUCCCCUGACAUUGAUCCCAGUUUCACUAAAUGCUGUUGGUGGAAUUCUUGUUGGUCUUGUGACAUCUUAUGCUGGUGGUGUCCGAAAGGGAUUUGUCAUUGUGUCUGCACUACUUGUCACUGCUUUGCUACAGUUCGUCUUUGACGGGAAACCACCUUCUCCGUACUGUCUUGUGGCAUUUCCACUCGUAAUCACUAGCAUAUCGAUAUACCAAAAAUAUCCAUAUCGUCUUAAAAAGAAAGACCAGUGAGUCUAGAAACAUGUGCAUAAUUAGAAGUACCAAAUUCUUUGUGCAUCGAAACAUGCUAGUGAUUACUGAGAUCAUUCGUACCUUGUAACGAACAUCAGUUGGCUAAGGAUACUUGCUGGUGAUGGCUAGUUUAUAUUUUAAAAUGCUUGGGCAAGGUUUUCUUCCU